AUGGCCGAAUACCGCAAAGAAGGUAGCUCCUCGCCGGAUGGCGCCGACUACGAGAAGGGUGACUAUACCACCGCUCAGACUCAUGUAACUCCUGAGGGUGCUCGUAUCCACGGUAUCGAGUAUGAGGAAGGUCGCGCCUUGCACCGCGGUCUCAAGGCUCGCCAUGUGACCAUGAUUGCCAUUGGUGGUGCCAUUGGAACAGGUCUCAUUAUCGGAACCGGCGCCGCUCUCGCCCGUGGUGGCCCGGCCGCCAUCUUCAUCACGUAUUCUAUUGCUGGAUUCAUGGUCUACCUCGUCAUGUGCGCACUUGGAGAGAUGGCCGCGUGGCUGCCUCUGUCUUCUGGUUUCACUGGUUACGCUACCCGCUUCUGCGACCCGGCGCUCGGCUUCGCGCUGGGCUGGACCUACUUCUUCAAGUACAUCAUCAUUACGCCGGCACAAUUGACUGCCGCCGCUCUGGUCAUUCAAUACUGGAAACCCAAGGACGAAGUCAAUCCCGGCGUUUUCAUCACCGUCUUCCUCGUGACGAUCGCGUUGAUCAAUUGGUUCGGUAUCCGAUUCUUUGGCGAGUUUGAGUUCUGGCUAUCGUCCAUCAAAGUCAUAGUUAUUUGUGGAGUCAUCCUGCUCUCGCUCAUCCUCGCGCUGGGAGGUGGACCGGAUGGCGACCGCAAAGGUUUCCGGUACUGGAAUAAUCCAGGGGCUUUCAACACCUACAUCGACGACGGUGCUGCUGGCAGAUUCUAUGCUUUAUGGUCUUGCAUGGUCUCGGCUGUGUUUGCGUACUCUGGCACGGAGCUAAUCGGUGUGACGGUCGGCGAGGCCCAGAACCCACGCAAGACUAUUCCUCGGGCCAUUAAGCUCACUUUCUGGCGUAUCCUGUUCUUCUAUAUCAUCUCAGUGCUCUUGCUGGGAAUGCUGGUCCCGUACGACUCAACAGAACUGGCCUUUGCCAACAAGGCUUCCAACUCGGCUGCAGCCUCUCCGUUUGUGGUUGCCAUCAAGCUCUCGGGUAUCCAAGCCCUUCCUGGCAUCCUGAAUGGCUGCAUUUGUCUGUUUGUCUUUUCAGCCGCCAACUCGGAUCUCUACAUCGCUUCACGUACCAUCUACGGUCUUGCAUCUGAAGGCCGGGCACCCGACAUCUUCCGCCGGACCAACAGCCGUGGUCUGCCUAUCUAUGGCCUGGCGAUAUCCCUGCUGUUCUGCCUUUUGGCCUACAUGAACGUGACAGAUGAUGCCCGCCAGAUCUUCAUCUACUUCCAGAACCUGACCACCAUUUUCGGCCUGCAGACCUGGAUCUCCAUCCUGGUCACCCACAUCUUCUUCGUGCGCGCUCGCAAGGCACAGGGUAUCCCGGAUACAGCCAUGCCCUACACUGCGCCACUGGGCAUCUACGGAAGCUACUUCUCGCUGUUCCUGUGCGUCAUUGUGGCCCUCACCAAGAACUUCAACGCAUUUACGCCGGGCACAUAUGGCGCGUGGGACUACAAGACAUUCAUUACUGGAUAUCUUGGAAUUCCUCUAUACCUGGCUCUGAUCUUUGGAUACAAGUUCUGGACCAAAUGCGAAAGGGUCAGAUCGCACAACGCCGACUUUUAUACUGGCAAAGACAUCAUUGACCGGGAAGAAGAAGAAUUCCUCGCACGCAAGGCUGCGCAGGACUCCGGCAAACGUGGAGGCAGCUGGUUCUAUCGGACCUUCGUGGCGUGGCUCCUCUAG